GCCAGAACUUUGAAACUAGAGCACGAGCAAGAAAAAAACAAGAUCUUAUCUGAAGCUCUGCAGACAUUGGCUACAGAGCACCAUGAAUUGGAGCAGUCUUUGGUGAAAGGAUCUCCCCCACACCACAGUAUUCUCAGUGAUGACGAAUUCUAUGAUGCUCUUUCAGAUUCAGAGUCUGAUCAUUCCCUGAGUGGAUUUGAAACGGUUACAAGUUAUUCCCAGGACGAAAGUGUAAACUUGGAACACAGUACGCAGGCCAAGAUGUCUGAUGAGAAAAAUCAUGGCGGUGGGGACUCAACAGCAAAUGGCAUAAAAAAACAUAGAACAAGCUUACCUUCACCAAUGUUUUCCAGAAAUGAUUUCAGUAUUUGGAGUAUUUUAAGAAAAUGCAUUGGAAUGAUGUUCCCAUCCUUGGCAGUUACACAAGCAGUACCCUGCGGUUCCUCUCAGUCAUUACCUGGGGGAUUAUUUUUAACAGGUGAUUUUGCUGUGCAACUUACUUCUGCAGCUCUUAGUGUCAAUUUCAG